CCUGGUUCUGGUCCUGGUUCUAGUUCUGGUCCUGGUUCUGCAGCAUGUCGGUGUUUCACGACGAGGUGGAGAUCGAGGAUUUCGAGUACGACGAGGACGAGGAGACGUAUUAUUUCCCGUGUCCCUGCGGAGACAGAUUCGCUAUUACUAAGGAGGACCUGGAGAACGGGGAGGAAGUGGCUACCUGUCCCAGCUGCUCCCUCAUCGUUAGAGUCAUCUAUGAUCAGGAACUCUUCAUGUCAGGAGAGAUGGUUGAGGCCCCGCCUUCAUCAGAACCAAAGCUGCAGGUUCUGAACCAGUCCUGACCCGGUCCUGGUCCU